CUAAACCCACAACAGCAAAAUCAGUCUAUAUAUGCAGUAAAGCAUGCUUGUUAUACUCACUGUGGAACCUAAGGGGGUAAUCCUCGGCAUUGUGUAAAAAGGCUGUUUGAUCCUGUAUUCUCUGAUCCUCCCCUUCUUCCACAGUCCCCAGUCCAUCUGCUGAUGGUACAGAGCCUUAAGCGGCACUCCGCACAUGCUCUGUUUGGUGUGUAUUGUUUUUUGGGGUUUUUUUUUUUUGGGAGGGUGCAUGUGAUCAACAGGGCCAAUCAGCACUGUCUGCACAGUGGGUCAGGGGUCAUGCAG